GAGAACAGAUGUGGGCAGAGACGCAGACGUAUGAACAUGAACACGCAGACUCUGAGUCCUCCCAGGUGAGUAAACAGUGAGUGGCUGUACUUUGGAGCAGCGGAUGACUCCCUGCAUCAUCCAGCAUUGGUCUGAGGAGAAGAACGACUGACAGCGACAACAUGGCCGGAGUUUGUUUACUGGCCGUCAUUGCUGCGUUACUGUGUGGACUGGCUGCUCGCGUCACGGAGAAGAAAACAGGAGCCGUGUUUGUGUCGCAGCACGCGGCUCACACGAUGCUGCUGCGUCAGCGCAGGCACAACACCGGGCGAUUGGAAGAAGUGAUGAAGGACAACCUGGAGCGGGAGUGUAAGGAGGAGGUGUGCAACUUCGAAGAGGCCAGGGAGGUGUUUGAGAACGAAGAGAAAACUAUGGAGUUCUGGGCAGUAUACUUUGACGGGGACCAGUGUCAGCCUCCACCCUGCCAGAACGAUGGUGAGUGUGUGGAUGGAAUAGGUUCUUACGUUUGCUGGUGCAAACCAAACUUUGGAGGAAAGAACUGUGAGAUCGAGUUGGCCAAACAGUGUUCCGUUGACAACGGAGGAUGCUCACAUUUCUGUGUGAUGCAGGGGCAGCGGCCCGAGUGCCAGUGUGCAGCAGGGUACAACCUAGGCUCAGACAAAAGGAGCUGUGAACCAACAGGACAAUUCAGCUGUGGCCACGUGGAGUCCAAGACCUCGUCCAGGUCCUUCCUGAGCCCACGAACGGGGAACAACUCAAACUCCAGAGACAAUACAAGUUUUAAUUUGAGCGACCAGCUGACUUGGGACUACGACGAUGACAACAUGACGCAGUUUUACGAUUACUACGAUAGUUUUGUGAAUGACUCUGCAUCGUCUGAAAUCCCAUCAGCCUCUUCAGCAGAGACACGUGUUAGAUCGCUGAACUCCAGCUUUUCAGUGGCUCCAGACGACAAUCAAACCAACAGCAGUGCGUCUGAAGACUUUUCCAAUUUUCUAUCCUGGGCGUUUUUCCCUACCCUUCCCACCAUCACUGAACAAAAAAACACUGACAAGAGGAUUGUGGGAGGUAACGAAGCCCCUCCUGGAGGAAUUCCAUGGCAGGUUACACUGAUGUCUCACUCACCUUCUCUUGGUCGAGUUCAGUCCUUCUGUGGAGGAUCUCUGCUCAGUGAAUUAUGGGUAAUCACUGCAGCCCACUGCCUGGUGACAAAGGAAGUACUCACACAGGGUUACUUCGUCAGAGUAGGCGAACACGAUGUUGACACUGAGGAGGGUCCAGAGCGUGACCACUUGGUGGCAGAGCAACACAUCCAUCCCAAGUACAAUUACACCCAGUCACCGUACAACCACGACAUCGCUCUGCUGAAGCUCAGCAAUGCAGUGGAACUUUCCCACCAGCGGCGUCCCAUCUGCCUGGGCCCCAAAGACUUUACAGAAAGCAUCCUGCGAGACUCCAGCAGCUCCCAGGUGAGUGGGUGGGGGCUACUGGCGUCUCGGGGUCGGUCUGCCACCAAGCUCCAGAGGCUGGAAGUGCCCUAUGUGGAACGCACAAAGUGUAAACAGAGCAGCCGCUACCAAAUCACGCGCUUCAUGUUCUGUGCUGGCUUUGAGAAUGAACAGAAGGACUCGUGCCACGGCGACAGCGGGGGGCCACAUGCCACCAAUUUCAAAGGCACUUGGUUCCUGACAGGUAUUGUCAGCUGGGGGGAGGACUGCGCCAAAGACGGGAAGUAUGGCAUCUACACUCGGGUCUCACGGUACUACUCCUGGAUCAGUCAGAGGACAGGGCUUCAAAUUUGACAACUGAUAAAAAUAGAGCGGGUCAAAAGAACACAGCUGACGGUCAAGAAGAUCUGACUCUUUGCUUUGUUCUGCCCCCGGUGAACGGGUUACUCUGUUGAAUCAACUGAUGGUUAUUCUGACAGUCCAAUAAAGUCCAGUCAAACAUUUGGA